UCAUUUUUAAGUGUAUCUCCCUUUGUGUUCUUAUGCUGGAUAUGUUGUGUUUGAAUGAAGAAAGUUAUACAGAUAAACGUCAGGUGGCUAAUUUUUUUCUAUUGAUUAUGCAAAUGGGUGGUACAACAGGUGUCAUUUUGUGCUGCCAUUCGACAGUUGAAGAAGCUAAAAAAUUAGCUCCCAACUGUAUGAAGUUGAGGGAUUCAUUUGAGACAGGAAGCAGAGAAUAUAAACGACUUCAACAUCUAUCUAUGAUCUUUAAGUAUCAUCCAAAGUUUUUGGCAGCUGGAUUUUUCACAGUGGAUCGAAACUCUCUGCUUGGCAUCAUGAGCAUUGUUACAACAUACCUCAUCAUAAUACUGCAAUGGUAUUACAAUGGUGCUCACAAGCAAUCAGAAUAAUUUUGAGAAUAUUCCUUAGAAAUUAUGUUUCAAUUUGUUGAAAAAUUGAGAUAGAUGGAGGA